AUGGCACCGUUGCCGAAUUGCAGCAUGAGCUGUAUUGGGGAUUCUGAGGACGAGGCCCGCUGGGCGGCCCUUGGGGAAGAAGCCCCAGGCGGCGAGAGCGAUGACCCCUGGCAGGACCACCACAAUGACGUCGAGCCAAAUUCCCCAACUUUUGACCUCCCUUCGCGACCGCGUCCCAACUCCAUUCUUCACCCAGCCCGACCCGCGAUCCAAAACCACAGGAGCAGCCUCCCAGCUCAUCACCACAACCAGGACCGGGACCAGGCCCCGGUCAAUGCCCACGCCUAUGCCCAGGCCCAGGCUCCGAACACGUCGCCCUCCUUCCUGUCCUCGACUCCCCCGCCGUCGUCCUCUCCCGCGGACGCAUUCAACCAGCCUGGGGGCCCGCGAUCCCGCUGCUCAAGCCUCGCCCGCCACCAGUGUCUGCUGGCGGCGCGCAGGACCAUGGACUACAUCAACGACAGCGUCGAGUACGCGAGGGGCACGUACAACGCGGUUGUCGAUAUCGUCAACACCGUCUACAAUGCCGUCACGUCCAAGACCGCGCAACGCACCGUGCUGACGACCUUGCUGUUUGCAUUCCUGUCUUCCGUCCUGUUUGGAUUCGCCUGUGUGGGAUACCUCGCGUUCUAUCACGAGUACCUACCGGAUCAGGUCAUGACCGUACCAGUGCAUCUACAGUAUGGGUACGAGCUCAACCCCUACGGCGUCGCCUCCCUGUCUGGCGCCAACUUCAAAGACUACCAAGACUACGAUAUCUCCGUGACGCUGAAACUGCCCAACUCGCCCACCAACCUCGCCCGCGGCAACUUCAUGCUCGCGCUACACCUCCUCGACAACGCCCAGGCCCCGGCCAGCAAGAUCACGUCGACAGCGACGGGGAAACACCCAAUGCCCACCGUCGUCCCGGCGCCCCAGAGCGUCCUCGCCGACAGGAACAUCCUCUUCACGUCCACCAGGCCGGCCAUCAUCCCGUACACCGACCCCUUGGUCUCCCUCGCGAAGCGCGUGCUCCUCCUGGCCUACCACGUCUUCGUCCCCGCGUCCGAGACGACGAAGCUCGUGGUGCCCAUGGUCGAGAGGCUCGAGUUCCGCCCGGGCAAGAUGAUGCCCACGGGCCUGGUGCUGGACGUCCAGGCCGGCCAGGGCCUGCAGGUCUACGACGUGCUCGUCACCGUCACGGCGCAGCUGGGCGGCCUGCGCUGGUUCAUGCACACCUGGUGGAUCACCAGCUUCGUGCUGUUCACGGCGCUGUUCUGGGUGUCCGAGGUGUUCUUCCUCGCUGCCACGGCGGUGGCCGCCAAGGUUCUCUGGAGCGUCGUCUUCGGAGGUGGCAGCCGAGGCGGGACUCCCCCGGGUCUGAUAAAGGAGGAGGAAGGCCGCAACCCUCGGAUCAAGCAGGAGGGCCACGGCCGCGGCAAGGCGCUCGACGACGUGCCCAUGACGUUCCCUACGUCCUCGCAGCAGCCCCCACUCCGCUAUGAGCCGGAGUCGGGGCACGCUAGCGCCGUCGAGGGGGCCCUCCCGCAGCAGCCGCAGGCCGACGUCGGCGGCGAGGCGGACGUCGAGGACGAGGCGUUCGGGGAUGAGUACCGCGAGGAGGACCCGCAGGGGCGAGAUUCGGGCAUCGGGACGAGCUUCAGCGAGAGGGACAGCGCUGGGAACGUGAGGAGGAGGACAUCUUUGAGGAGGCUGGCCGGUAACUGA